AUGGACGCAAUGCACGACGAGAUGGCCCCAGAACAGCUCAUCCCCCCGACCCGCCAGCUUGCAAACUCCCACCCGCAACUUGGCCAUCAUGAACUUGACCCUGCGCUUCGCCCACCAACCGACUCCCCGCCCUCGGCGGCCGCUGAUGCCCGACCAUGGACCCAGAUACAGACGCCGCUCCAAGUUCGUGACGACCAGCCGCAGCCGCCACCGCACCAGACCCUCGCGAACUCGUGCCUCACCUUGUGCCGACGGCCGCAUCACCCUGCCAGCGUGUUCCUCUCCGAUCUCCCCAACGAGCUCCUGCUUCACAUCCUCGGCUACCUGGAUGUGAACGAUCUACUGUCCACUUCGAGGACCAAUCACCACCUGCGUCACCUGUCCCUCUCGCCCAUUCUUCACCACUACCGCCUCCGGCACACACGUGCCAUCUUGCCCCCUCUGCUGGCGUCCCCCUCUCGCCCGUCGCUGGCGGAGCUCAUCGGCCGCUCCAUCUUCCUGACGCACACCUCCGUCGUCUCGCGCCGUCUGGCCCGCUCCCUCGUGUCUAUCCGGCUGUCCCGCCGCCUCGCCUCCCGACCCUCGGCCGAGGCUCUCGUGGAACGCGCCGUGCUGCCGCCCGAGUGCGUCCCGGGCUUGAACAAGGUGCAAGUGGCGCCUUCUCUCGUCGCGAAACGGCGGGCCAUCGAGAAGGAGAGAGUCAAGGACGGUUUGAGACAAUGGGUCGAGGGCGUGUGGAAGGGCGAGGUGCGACAACGAGAGGAAGGCGUCAAGAAGUGGGAGGAGAGCAAGGGUGUCGGGAGGGUCUGGCGACUCCGGCGCUUCUGGGAGAGGGUCUCGAGGGGAGAUGGCGUCGGCCUCCGGUAG